AUGGCUUCGACUGGCUUAGAACUGCUGGGCAUGACCCUGGCUGUGCUGGGCUGGCUGGGGACCCUGGUGUCCUGUGCCCUGCCCCUGUGGAAGGUGACCGCCUUCAUCGGCAACAGCAUCGUAGUGGCCCAGGUGGUGUGGGAGGGGCUGUGGAUGUCCUGCGUGGUGCAGAGCACGGGCCAGAUGCAGUGCAAGGUGUACGACUCGCUGCUGGCACUGCCACAGGACCUGCAGGCUGCACGUGCCCUCUGUGUCAUCGCCCUCCUGCUGGCCCUGCUUGGCCUCCUGUUGGCCAUCACAGGUGCCCAGUGUACCACAUGUGUGGAGGAUGAAGGUGCCAAGGCCCGUAUCAUGCUCACCGCGGGAGUCAUCCUCCUCCUCGCUGGCAUCCUGGUGCUCAUCCCUGUGUGCUGGACGGCGCACGCCAUCAUCCAGGACUUCUACAACCCCCUGGUGGCUGAGGCCCUCAAGCGGGAGCUGGGAGCCUCCCUCUACCUGGGCUGGGCGGCAGCCGCACUGCUUAUGCUGGGCGGGGGGCUCCUCUGCUGCACGUGCCCCCCGCCCCAGGUCGAGCGGCCCCGUGGACCGAGGCUGGGCUACUCCAUCCCCUCCCGCUCAGGCGCGUCUGGACUGGACAAGAGGGACUACGUGUGA